CAAGAGACUCAACAACCACAGGCUCCAGAGCAGGGUGUAAUGGAGGGAGUCUGCGCAUGCUCGGCGGGAAUCGGCGCAUACUCGGCGGGAAUCUGCGCAUGCUCGGCGGGAAUCUGCGCAACCUCGGCGGGAGUCUGCGCAAGCUCGGCGGGAGUCUGCGCAUGCUCAGAGCUGCGGGGCACGGUUUCCCCGCCCCUUUCAGGCCUAGCAGGAAGCGAAGCGGCUCUUCCCGCUAUCUGCCGCUAGUCCACCGGAAGCGAGUUGCGAGACGGCAGGUUCCCGCCCGGAAGAAGCGACCAAAGCGCCUGAGGACCGGCAACAUGGUGCGGUCGGGGAAUAAGGCAGCUGUUGUGCUGUGCAUGGACGUGGGCUUUACCAUGAGUAACUCCAUUCCUGGUGUAGAAUCCCCAUUUGAACAAGCAAAGAAGGUGAUAACCAUGUUUGUCCAGCGACAGGUGUUUGCUGAGAACAAGGAUGAGAUUGCUUUAGUCCUGUUUGGUACGGAUGGCACUGACAAUCCCCUUUCUGGUGGGGAUCAGUAUCAGAACAUCACAGUGCACAGACAUCUGAUGCUACCAGAUUUUGAUUUACUGGAGGACAUUGAAAGCAAAAUCCAACCAGGUUCUCAACAGGCUGACUUCCUGGAUGCACUAAUCGUGAGCAUGGAUGUGAUUCAACAUGAAACAAUAGGAAAGAAGUUUGAGAAGAGGCAUAUUGAAAUAUUCACUGACCUCAGCAGCCGAUUCAGCAAAAGUCAGCUGGAUAUUAUAAUUCAUAGCUUGAAGAAAUGUGACAUCUCCCUGCAAUUCUUUUUGCCUUUCUCGCUUGGCAUGGAAGAUGGAAGUGGGGACAGAGGAGAUGGCACCUUUCGCUUGGGUGGCCAUGGGCCCUCCUUUCCACUAAAAGGAAUUACCGAACAGCAAAAAGAAGGUCUUGAGAUAGUGAAAAUGGUGAUGAUAUCUUUAGAAGGUGAAGAUGGGUUGGAUGAAAUUUAUUCAUUCAGUGAGAGUCUGAGAAAACUGUGUGUCUUCAAGAAAAUUGAGAGGCAUUCCAUUCACUGGCCCUGCCGACUGACCAUUGGCUCCAAUUUGUCUAUAAGGAUUGCAGCCUAUAAAUCGAUUCUACAGGAGAGAGUUAAAAAGACUUGGACAGUUGUGGAUGCAAAAACCCUGAAAAAAGAAGAUAUUCAAAAAGAAACAGUUUAUUGCUUAAAUGAUGAUGAUGAAACUGAAGUUUUAAAAGAGGAUAUUAUUCAAGGGUUCCGCUAUGGAAGUGAUAUAGUUCCUUUCUCUAAAGUGGAUGAGGAACAAAUGAAAUAUAAAUCGGAGGGGAAGUGCUUCUCUGUUUUGGGAUUUUGUAAAUCUUCUCAGGUUCAGAGAAGAUUCUUCAUGGGAAAUCAAGUUCUAAAGGUCUUUGCAGCAAGAGAUGAUGAGGCAGCAGCGGUUGCACUUUCCUCCCUGAUUCAUGCUUUGGAUGAUUUAGACAUGGUGGCCAUAGUUCGAUAUGCUUAUGACAAAAGAGCUAAUCCUCAAGUCGGUGUGGCUUUUCCUCAUAUCAAGCAUAACUAUGAGUGUCUAGUGUAUGUGCAGCUGCCCUUCAUGGAAGACUUGCGGCAAUACAUGUUUUCAUCCUUGAAAAACAGUAAGAAAUAUGCUCCCACUGAGGCACAGUUGAAUGCUGUUGAUGCUUUGAUUGACUCCAUGAGCUUGGCAAAGAAAGAUGAGAAGACAGACACCCUUGAAGACUUGUUUCCAACCACCAAAAUCCCAAAUCCUCGAUUUCAGAGACUAUUUCAGUGUCUGCUGCACAGAGCUUUACAUCCCCGGGAGCCUCUACCCCCAAUUCAGCAGCAUAUUUGGAACAUGCUGAAUCCUCCCGCUGAGGUGACAACGAAAAGUCAGAUUCCUCUCUCUAAAAUAAAGACCCUUUUUCCUCUGAUUGAAGCCAAGAAAAAGGAUCAAGUAACUGCUCAGGACAUUUUCCAAGACAACCAUGAAGAUGGACCUACCGCUAAAAAAUUAAAGACUGAGCAAGGGGGUGCCCACUUCAGCGUCUCCAGUCUGGCUGAAGGCAGUGUCACUUCUGUUGGAAGUGUGAAUCCUGCUGAAAACUUCCGUGUUCUAGUGAAACAGAAGAAGGCCAGCUUUGAGGAAGCGAGUAACCAGCUCAUAAAUCACAUUGAACAGUUUUUGGAUACUAACGAAACACCAUAUUUUAUGAAGAGCAUGGACUGCAUCCGAGCCUUCCGAGAAGAAGCCAUUAAGUUUUCAGAAGAGCAGCGCUUUAACAACUUCCUGAAAGCCCUUCGAGAGAAAGUGGAAAUUAAACAGUUAAAUCAUUUCUGGGAAAUUGUUGUUCAGGAUGGAAUUACUCUGAUCACCAAAGAGGAAGCCUCUGGAAGUUCUGUCACAGCUGACGAAGCCAAAAAGUUUCUGGCCCCCAAAGACAAACCAAGUGGAGACACAGCAGCUGUAUUUGAAGAAGGUGGUGAUGUGGACGAUUUAUUGGACAUGAUAUAGGUUGUGGAUGUAUGGGGAAUCUAAGAGAGCUGCCAUCGCUGUGAUGCUGGGAGUUCUAACAAAACAAGUUGGAUGCAGCCAUUCAAGGGGAGCCAGAAGCUCAAGAAAUUCCCAGCAGGUUACCCGAAGGCGGAUCACCUAAUUCUCUGUGGAAUGAAUACACACAUAUAUAUUACAAGGGAUAAUUUAGACCCCAUGCAAGUUUAUAAAGAGUCAUUGUUAUUUUCUGGUUGGUGUAUUAUUUCUUCUGUGGUCUUACUGAUCUUUGUAUAUUACAUACAUGCUUUGAAGUUUCUGGAAAGUAGUUAUCUUCUUGACCUAGUACUAGUAUAUCGGUGAAAAUUGCAGCUCUUGUGAUGUGAUUAGUGUCUCAUGUGGAACCAUGGCACCGUUAUUGAUGAGUUUCUUAACCCUUUCCAGAGUCCUCCUUUGCCUGAUCCUCCCAACAGCUGUCACAACUGAUGUUGAGCAAGCAAUAGCAUUUGCUUCCUCCCAACAAGCAGGUGGGUUAGGAAAACCAUGGGUAACGACGGACUCACUUCUCUUUGUAGUUGAGGCCUUUUAGUUACCACAUUACUCUGGCUGUAUAUAUAGGUGGUUUUCUUUAAGUGGGGUGGGAAGGGGAGCACAAUUUCCCUUCAUACUCCUUUUAAGCAGUAAGUUAUGAUGGUGGUCUCAUGAAGAAAAGACUUUCUUUUGGCCCAGUCUCUGCCAUAUCAGUGAACCUUUAAAAACUCAAAAACUGAGAAAUUUACUACAAUAGUUAGAAUUAUAUCACUUUACGAUUCUCUACUUGAGAGCCUCAAGGAGAGAAAGUUUCGUUAUAUUAAAACGCUUGGGUAACUUUUCGGUCUUUCCCAUUUCUACCUAAGUCAACUUUCAUCUUUCUGGAUGAUGUCUCCUUUACUAAAUAAGAAAAUAACAAAGCCCUUAUUCUCUUUUUUUCUUGUCCUCAUUCUUGCCUUGAGUUCCAAUUCCUCUUUGCUUGGUGUACAGACUUCUUGGUGCCCAGUCACCUCUGUCUUCAGCACCCUCUUAAGUGGUCGCUAAUACACUAUUUUGUACAUGUAACAUUAAAGGCAUAAAUGACUCGU